AUGGGGGUAGCAGGUCGUUGGACCUCCAUCCAGGGACUAGUUUUGGAGACUUACCUUGAGCUCUGUCCUUUUAGUGAGGGGAGAGUGCGGCUCAGAGCUGAGGAGACUGGUCUCCGCCGCCCAAAGCGCGAUCCUGCGCACGGAGCAUGCGCACACGUCUCAACACUGCCAGUCAGGGCAGUGACACCUGCGAUCAACAGGUCCUGGGAGCCCCGCCCCAAUCCCCGCCUCGCCCCCGCCCCGCCUCCUUGGAGCGGGCCCCGCCUUCAUGCUCACCGAGCUGGCUCCGCCCCCGCACGCGAUUUCCCGGCUUUCGGGACCUGCCGAACUGUGUUCCCGCGGGGGUUCGUUGGGGCGCGCGAUCCAGUUGACUUACUCGGAGGCGCAAGAUCCCGCGAGAGCAGGAGGUUGACCAUUUUUCCUAAGGCGGGAGCGGAGCGCUGUGGCUUAGCUGUUGGAGAAAGGUGGCUGCAGUUACCAAGAGUGAAGACACCUGGAAAGAAGUUGUCGUCACUAAGAGUGUCUUCUGGAAGGCUGCUGGUCUGCGCUAAAUCAUUGAGGAAAAUGUUGAUGAAGGCUGGAUUCCUGACAUUCAGCUCCAGCUGUAGCCCACGUUAACCCUCAUGGCAGCAUUAAAAUUGUUUAGAAAGCCAAGUAGAGACCGUGUUUAAGGGCAACACGGUAUCAUAAAAGAGCAUGGCCUUUAGACUUGGACAGACCUAUGUUCAAAUCCUGACUUUACCAUUUAUUGUUUGUGUGACCUUGAGCAGUUAUUAACUACUCUAAAACCCAGUUUCCUCAUCUAUACAUAGCAAGGUGUCCUAGCUAAUCCCUAACUGGGUUACUGUUGACAGGAUUAGUAGCAUUGCCACCCCUGUGGGCAUUUAUUUGCAUGUUUUUUUUUCUAGUAACGUUUUGUAAUCUGAGAGAAAGAAUGAAAGAAACAGAUAGUGGAAUUGCUUACGUUCAGAAGCAGCAUAAUAUGAUAGAAAGAAUGGAUGGAGAGUUAUGGAACUCUUGCUCUCAAGGAGCUGAGCCUGUGGGAGGUCAGCUCACCUCUUUUAACCUCUUAAUCCAUAAAGGAAGGGAUUGAGCCACGUGGUUCUAAACGCUGAAGAUGUGAAAUGGGGCCUUUUCCCAGUUGUUACUUAAUUCCAAAAUACACCACAAACUAAGUGUUUUAUGCAAAUUACAUUAUUUAACUUUCCUAACAACCAUAAAAUAUUAAUAUUUGGAUAUUAUUAAUAUCCUUAUGUUAGAGACAGUGAAAGUGGGGUACCUAGUACAGUGUCUGGCAUAUAGGAGGCACUCAAUAAGCAAACUGAAUGACUAAGUAAAGGAACUUACCAGUUAAGUAUGACGUCUGGUUACAGCCAUGGAAAUACAGUAGAGUAAGUAGGAAUGAGGAAGGCAAUAUGUGCUAUACUAACAGAUCCAGAAUUAAAGGCCGAAAACAUCUAGGUUUUGAUUGAAAGCCUAGGAUUCACUAGGAUUUUUGUGCAUUAGUAUAAUUUAUCUUUAAUUUUUUUCAAAAACAAGUUUUAUAACGUUUUAUUUAUACAAUUCUUUAGAAUCUUAGAGAUAAAGAGGAUCUGAGAGAUUAGUUUGCUAAAAUCCCUCACUGUACAGAUGAUAACACUUAAGCUCAAGGAGGUAAAGUUACCUAGGCUCAUGCUAGACACUGAUAGAAGCAAUUCCUAGUCACAGAAUUUUCCUGGUGUGAAAUAUUUUCCCUGAAAUAUUCUGAAAGUUUCAUAGGAGAUAGUACUCUUUUGUUUCUUAAAGUGCAAUCAGAUUUCUUCUAUGUUCAAAUACUGGUGAUAAACAUACUUGACACCUUUGUGCCCUUCUGAAAGACACGGGAAGGGGAACAUAAGGAAGAAGUCAAGAGCACGUCACAGGAAAAGAUGUUCUUUUUCUCAAUUGUGAUAUCUGUGGUAGUACUCUGACUUUAUGAACAACACUAUGGCGUUUGGAAAUUUACCAAACUUACUCUGUGACGUGUGUGUGCGUGCACACACACACACAACUAUAUAUCUUAGACUGCCUUGUUUUUGAGGUAGUUCUUCAAGAAAUACAAUAGUAAAAUAACACCAUAUCUUUUGCUCAUAGCGUAUUGGCUAAAGCCAUGAACCCAAAGGAAGUUGCCCUGGAGAGCAAUUUUCUUUGUAAAGAUGACAAAAAUAUUCAGGGCACCAUUGUUUUCAAGUUGAACUUCCUUGUUGAAAUUCACUUCACAGUCAAAGGAAAAAAAGGUUUACUUUUUAAUACAGUAAUAAAAUUGUUGGAAAAUAUUCAGUGAUAGAAAUAAUUCAAAGAAGUAUAGGUAAAGGCAGAAAUUUUAGAGUAUUUAAUUUCUUUAUUUCUUAACUGUUAGUGCUCUUGAGUUUUUUAGUCUCUUAUCUGUAAAACAAGCCCUCAAACUGAAAUUGUGCUGGAGAAAAAAACAAACCAACUCUUGGCAAGUAAUAUCCCUGGAAUGUGUGUUAAUGCCAUUUUGUACAUUUUUAAAUCAAGGUUUUCUGAUUAAAUUGUUUUCUACAAGUUUUGUUCUGCUACUGUUUCAAAUUCUUUUAAUUCUGAAUAACUCUUUAUCAAAUUAGUUAUAAUAGUUUUGAUGUGAUGGAGAAAAGCCAUUCCACUUGCUAUUAACAGUGCUGACAUUUAAAUUUUAAACAGCAUUUAGUAGUAGGUACAACAGUAAUUUUCAAACAUUUUAGACUGCAACCUAGAAUAUGCAAUAUAUUUUACAUUGUGAUCCAG